AUGAAUAACUAUUGUAAUACAUGCAAUAAACAUAUUAAAUCAGCGGAAAAAAUUAAAUGUUCUUAUAGUAAUUGUUCAAAGCAGUAUCACUACAAAUGCGCAGGUGUGACAGCCGAUCUUAAGAAACAUAAUACAUGGAAAUGUUCGAGUUGCAAGAAAAAGUUAAUAAAAUUAAAAGAUACCACAGAGGCUUCUAUGAGCGGGUCGAUUGGAAAUGACAUAAGUAAUUCUAUAACACUGAGACGCCAUCAAACAUCAGGCAUGUCGCAGCUGUCUAGGGAGCCUGGUGAGUCUUUUGAUCUACAAACUGAGAUUUUAGAAGCUAUUCGGAAUGAUUUACCUGGUAUUAUUAAGAGUUUUAUAUCGUGUGAGUUUACAAACUUAAAAGAGAGCCUAAACGAGAUCGAAAAAUCAAUAAAAUUUAUCUCGGCUCAAUACGAUGAUGCCUUGAAGACCAUAUCAUCGAUUAAAGAAGAAGUAAGCGGCAUAAAGAAAGAGAAUGCCUCACUGCGCAAUAAUUUGAAGGAUUUACAAGGUACUGUAAACUCACUAGAACACGACUUAAAUAAGCAUGAACAAUGGGCACGAUUACAGAACCUUGAAAUUCUAGGAAUUCCUGAAAGUAGGAAUGAGUGCUUACCAGAACUAGUACAAGAAAUAGCUCUAAAGUCAGGCGUAAAUAUUAGUGACGGCGAGUUUGAAUUCGUUCAUCGUGUACAGCCAAGGAAAUCAUCAAGCGGGAAACCUCGCCCCAUAGUAGUUCGUUUUAAGUCUCGACAAAAGAAAGACUCAUUCUUAUCGUCUGUGCAAUCUUGGCUUUGUGAUGGUAUUCUGGACUCGGAGCUUUGUCACUCAAGGUAUGAUGUGUUUCGCCAUGAUCGUGGCGAUGACAGAAGAGGCGGAGGAAUAUUAAUAUUGUGUUCUAACGUGUUGAAUGCGCGACAUCGCCCUGAGUGGACUCAAGAUGACCUUGAAUGUCUAUGGUUAACUAUUGACCGCAAAACCUUAAAAUGUAUGUAUAACAUCCACUUGGCAACUAUUUAUAUACCCCCCGAUGGAAUGUUACCUUCGCGUAUUAAUAUAUUUACAGAUAUGUUAAAGAAUGUCGUUUUUAGUAAUCCGGGCGACGUGUUUAUAAUUCUUGGAGAUUUUAAUCUUCCAUGCAUACGCUGGACUUCUGAAGGGCCAGUUAUAUUAAAAAAGGGUACAACUGAAGUUCAGGACUGUGCCGUUAAUUUAUUAAAUAUAGCUAAUUUUUUAGGUUUGAAACAAUAUAACUCAGAGCUAAACUCUAGCGGUAACACACUUGAUCUUAUUUUUUGUAAUUUUGAGGUCGAGGUCACUAGGUCUUUAAAUAUUAUGGUCGCGGAGGAUGAAUAUCAUCCCACUUUAUCUAUUGACAUUACAGAUAUAAUAGUUCCCUUACUUAAUCCUAAAGUAAAGUAUAAAUAUUUAUACAACAUGGCGGAUUAUGAAAUUAUACGUGAAAAUUUAAGAUCUUUUGAUUGGUCAUUCAUAUUAAGUAUAGCAUCAUUAGAUGAAGCUUUGGCUAAAUUUUAUGAAAUUCUUUAUGAUUUAAUCGAUAAAUAUGUACCUAAAGUAGUUAUACAUGAUAAAAAUAUAUAUCCUAUAUGGUACAAUAGGUCUUUAAUUCAUAUUAUUAAUGAUAAACGUAAAGCACACGCUGACUGGAAAAAAUAUGGUAACAUUAUUGAUUAUGAAAUAUUUUCACUUUUAAGGAGACGUUUUAAAAUCUUAGAAAAUGAACUAUUUCAAAAGUACAUACAAAAUACCGAAAAUCUUAUCAAAAUUAAUCCUAAACAUUUAAAUAAUUAUAUUAAAGAUAAACGUAAAAUUAAAUGCAAUUACCCUAGCGCUUUGGUUUAUCAAAAUAAUAUUCAUUGUAGUGAAGAUGAUAUAUGCAGAGCUUUUGCAAGUUACUUUGAAUGUAUGUUUCAGCUACCACUAAGUCAAUAUCCGUUGUGGAGCUUGGACUCUUCAGAAUCAUCAGAAAUUACGUCGAGCUUAAGUGUUGAUACUGAGAUGGUGCUUAAAUACCUUACCAGCUUAGACGUCAGUAAAGGUCCCGGUAGUGACAACAUACCAGCUUUAUUUGUCGUAAAGUGUGCUGAUGCUCUCGCAGAGCCGUUAUGUCUUAUCUAUAAUAGAUCUUUUAUGCAAGGUUAUGUCCCAGCAAUAUGGAAAGAAGCACAUAUUAUACCCAUACACAAAAAAGGGCUGAAGACGAAAAUCGAAAACUACAGACCUAUUUCUAUACUUAAUACUUUUAGUAAAUUACAAGAACGUAUUGUAUAUAAUUAUAUGUAUCCACAUAUUUCAAAAUUUAUACCUCAAGAACAACAUGGGUUCAUGAAACGUCGUUCCACUCUUACUAAUCUAUCCGUUUUUACUGGUGAUAUUUUACGAAGCAUGGGCGAUCGCAUCCAAGUGGAUGUUAUAUACACGGAUUUUGAGAAAGCCUUUGAUCGUGUAGAUCAUAUAAUACUACUUCAAAAACUCUUAGCCCUUGGUAUCAGCGGUGAUCUUCAUCGUUGGUUUGAAUCAUACAUAUCGAAUAGAUCUCAAGCUGUUGUAGUCGGUAGUGGUAAAUCUAAUCUUAUUAGGGUCUCAUCUGGCGUUCCUCAGGGGUCAUUACUAGGUCCGCUCUUGUAUGCUCUUUAUAUAUAUGACAUGGGUAAAUGUAUUAAACACUCUAAAUUUCUUUUAUAUGCUGAUGAUGCGAAAAUUUACAAAACUAUAAACUCACCUGAUGAUUGCAUUUUGCUUCAAAACGAUUUAAAUAGACUCUCACAUUAUCUUAAAGCAAAUCGUAUAACAGUAAACGUUGAUAAAUGUACUCACAUCUCUUUUACGCGAAAUAAAAAUGUAAUCAAACCAACAUACAAUAUUAGUAACACAUCAAUAAAAUCAGCAACUUCCAUUAAAGACCUUGGCGUGACAUUGGAUAGUAAAUUAACAUUUUCUGAACACAUAGACUUAAUCAGAGACAAAGCAUAUCAAAAUCUUGGAACC